GCUGCUGUUUGCAGGCUGCUGUUUGCAGGCUGCUGCAGGCUCUGACAGGCGCUGAGUGAAGCAACAGCUCUGCUAUAAAUACUCCAGUGUGCUGCGUCUGUGUUUACACACUGAACCUGGACCAGUCUCAGUUAGACUCUCUGGAGCUGCUGGAUUAAUCUAGUCCUGGUCCUGUUGUCUGGGACCAGUCUACAGUCUGAGGAGGGUCUAGUGGACUCUAGUGGAGCAGCGAUGGGAGGCUUCUGGGGGGACAUAGCCAGCCAGCGGGUGGCCCGGGCCAUGUCGGAGGGGAACGAUGAGGAGGCGGUCCUGGACCGAGGAAAGACCAGCUCCACCCUACACACCAACUUUGAGAAGGAAGAACUGGAGAGUCACAGAGCGGUGUACGUGGGCGUCCACGUCCCUCUGGGCCGAGAGAGCCGCAGACGCCACCGCCACCGAGGACACCGCCACCACAGGAAACGCCGGGACCGCUCGGACAGAGAGGACGGCCGGGAGUCGCCCUCAUACGACACGCCGUCUCAGAGGGUCCAGUUCAUUCUGGGGACGGAGGACGCCGACGAGGAGCACAUCCCCCACGACCUGUUCACCGAGCUGGACGAGAUCACCUUCAGAGACGGAGACUUCCAGGAGUGGAAGGAGACGGCCAGGUGGCUGAAGUUCGAGGAGGACGUGGAGGACGGAGGCGAGCGCUGGAGUAAACCCUACGUGGCCACGCUGUCCCUCCACAGCCUGUUCGAGCUGCGAUCCUGCAUCCUGAACGGCACCGUGCUGCUGGACAUGAGAGCCAGCACCAUCGACGAGAUCGCAGACAUGGUGAUUGACAGCAUGCUGGCGUCGGGCCAGCUGGAGGACGGCGUGCGGGAGAAGGUGAAGGAGGCGAUGCUGCGGCGCCACCACCAUCAGAGCGAGAAGAAGCUGAGCAACAGGAUCCCGCUGGUCCGAUCCUUCGCCGACAUCGGCAAGAAACACUCGGACCCUUAUUUACUGGAACGCAACGGUCUGCUGGCGUCCCCCCAGUCCGCUCCAGGAAACCUGGACAGCAAAAUCAGCGAGAGCCGCAUCAACGGAGGCAGCCGGGAGAACAGCACAGUGGACUUCAGCAGGGUGGACAUGAACUUCAUGAAGAAGAUCCCUCCUGGUGCCGAGGCGUCCAACGUCCUGGUCGGCGAGGUCGACUUCCUGGAGCGACCCAUCAUCGCCUUCGUGCGUCUCGCCCCCGCAAUGCUGCUGACCGGACUCACUGAGGUCCCGGUCCCCACAAGGUUCCUCUUCCUGCUGCUCGGCCCGUUUGGAAAAGGUCCCCAGUACCACGAGAUCGGACGCUCCAUCGCCACGCUGAUGACAGACGAGAUUUUCCACGACGUCGCCUACAAAGCGAAGGACCGGAAUGACCUGCUGUCAGGGAUCGACGAGUUCCUGGACCAGGUGACGGUGCUGCCGCCGGGCGAGUGGGACCCCAGCAUCCGCAUCGAACCGCCAAAGAGCGUCCCAUCUCAGGAGAAAAGGAAGAUGGCGUCCGCCCCCAAUGGCUCCGCCCACGGCUGUGAGUACAUCAAGGAGGCGGAGCAUCACGGCCCGGAGCUGCAGAGGACGGGAAGGAUCUUCGGCGGUCUGGUCCAGGACACGAGGAAAGCUCCGUUCCUCUGGAGCGACGUCAGAGACGCCUUCAACCUGCAGUGCCUCGCCUCCGUCCUCUUCCUCUACUGCGCCUGCAUGUCCCCCGUCAUCACCUUCGGAGGGCUGCUGGGGGAGGCCACCAAGGGGAACAUAAGCACCAUAGAGUCUCUGUUCGGGGCGUCCCUCACCGGCGUGGCGUACUCUCUGUUUGCGGGUCAGCCUCUCACCAUCCUGGGCUGCAGUCCGGUCCUGGUCUUUGAGAAGAUCCUCUUCAAGUUCUGCAGUGACUUCGGCCUGUCCUACCUGUCCCUGAGGACCAGUAUCGGCCUGUGGACGGCCUUCCUCUGCCUGCUGCUGGUGGCCACCGACGCCAGCUCUCUGGUCUGUUACAUCACCAGGUUCACCGAGGAGGCCUUCGCCGCCCUCAUCUGCAUCAUCUUCAUCUACGAGGCUCUGGAGAAGCUGGUCCACCUGGGGACGGACUACCCCGUCAACAUGCACAACCAGCUGGACAACCUCACCUCCUACACGUGUCAGUGUUCUCCUCCUGCUAACGUCUCCUCUGAAGUCCUGCAGCUGUGGAGCCGCAGGAACGUCACGGAGGACAGCGUCCAGUGGGACCAGCUCACCGUCAAGGACUGUAAGUCUCUCCGUGGGGUCUUCGUGGGUUCGGCCUGCAGUCGUUUUGGUCCCUACGUCCCUGACGUCCUCUUCUGGAGCGUCAUCCUCUUCUUCAGCACCUUCUUCCUGUCCUCCUUCCUCAAACAGUUCAAGACCAAGAGAUACUUCCCCACCAAGGUCCGUUCCACCAUCAGUGACUUCGCCGUCUUCCUGACCAUCAUGAUCAUGGUUCUGCUGGACUACCUGGUGGGGAUCCCCUCCCCCAAACUGGACGUCCCAGACCGCUUCGAGCCGACGUCCAGCAGCCGCGGCUGGCUCAUCUCGCCGCUGGGACCCAACCCCUGGUGGACGCUGCUGGCCGCCGCCGUCCCCGCGCUGCUCUGCACCAUCCUCAUCUUCAUGGACCAGCAGAUCACCGCCGUCAUCGUCAACCGGAAGGAGAACAAGCUCAAGAAAGGCUGUGGCUACCACCUGGACCUGCUGGUGGUGGCGGUGAUGCUGGGCGUGUGCUCCAUCAUGGGGCUGCCGUGGUUCGUGGCGGCGACCGUGCUCUCCAUCUCCCACGUCAACAGUCUGAAGCUGGAGUCGGGCUGCGCGGCGCCCGGCGAGCAGCCCAAGUUCCUGGGCAUCAGAGAGCAGAGAGUCACCGGCUUCAUGAUCUUCAUCCUGAUGGGCUGCUCCGUCUUCAUGACCUCCGUCCUCAAGUUCAUCCCGAAGCCGGUUCUGUACGGAGUCUUCCUCUACAUGGGCGUGUCCUCGCUCAAAGGCAUCCAGCUGUUUGACCGGAUCAAACUGUUCGGCAUGCCGGCCAAACACCAGCCGGACCUGAUCUACCUGCGCUACGUCCCGCUGUGGAAGGUCCACAUCUUCACCGUGCUGCAGCUCACCUGCCUCAUCGUCCUCUGGGCCAUCAAGCUCACGUCUGCCGCCGUCGUCUUCCCCAUGAUGGUUCUGGCUCUGGUCUUCAUCAGGAAGCUUCUGGAUUUCUGCUUCACGAAGAGAGAGCUGAGCUGGCUGGACGACCUGAUACCAGAGAGCAAGAAGAAGAGGGACGACGACAAGAAGAAGAAGGAGAAGGAGGACGCUCGGCGGAUGCUGGAGGAGGCGGAGGACGAGCCGCCGUACGAACCCGGGAACGUCCUCAAGUUCCCCAUCAAGAGCCUGAAGGGACGCGUGGACCCGUCGGAGGUGAACAUCUCCGAUGAAAUGGCCAAAAAUGGAAUCUGGAAGUCGAUGAACUCUGACAGCAGCAAAGCUCUGAAACGCUGCAACAGUCAGGAGAAGCUGUCCAACGUCCAGAUCAACGUGGAGAACGAGGACGGCCGGAGAGUCGAGGACGCCGAGACGUCGUUAUGAUCCACAUGGUCGCUGACGGGACGCCGAGGCGAACGACCAAUCAGGCGUCACCUCGACCAAUCAGGCGUCCCCCUGGGCGUUGACUUAUUUUCUCAUCGUUUUAAGGUGAAACACGGAGACUUCUCCACCGGGAGCAAACACGGAAAUAAUAGCUUCCUCAGGUUACUUUUCUUGUUGUUGUUGUUGUUGUUUUGUUUUUUACUGGCUGUGAUUGGCUGCUGGAGCCUCAAACACAAACAGCUGAUUCAUUAUCAACAGACUGACGAUCAGAGAAACACCUGAAGUUAAUUUUAAUAGUUUCUGUUUUCAUGAAGCAGACGAAGCUUUUUAUUUAAUCAUCAUGCUGAUUUGUGUGUGUCUGUGUGUGUGUGUGUGUGUCUGUAUGUGUGUGUGUCUGUAUGUGUGUGUGUGUGUGUGUGUGUGUGUGUGUCUGUAUAUAUGUGUGUGUGUGUGUGUGUGUGUGUGUGUGUGUCUGUGUCUGUGUGUCUGCGUUUAUAUAUGUGUGUCUGUAUGUAUAUGUGCAUGUGUGUAUAUAUGUUUGUGUGUGUGUGUGUGUGUGUGUGUGUGUGUGUGUGUGUUACUGUUGUGCCUCACCUCGUUGCCUCGGUGACCGACUGAAUGAUGUCACAGCUGCUGUUUCUUCUUAAAGUUUCAAUAAAAUCAGUUUGAUGACGAUCUGACGCUGUAAAUUACUGCAUUAAACUGACUGAAGUAAAAGUAUCAAAAUGUACUUAAAGUAUCAAAAAUAAAAGUACUCAUUAUGCAGAAA